ACACAAACGCACGAAUUUCUUUCUCACUUCUCAUUUGUUUAGCGUAAAAUAUUCACAAAAUUUUACACCAAUUUGUUCCGAGAACUCUUGAUGAUUCCUCUUCAUUUUUCUCUCACUGAGACGAUCCAUUUAACACAUAAAAAAGAGAAAAUUUUAUUUUUGCUUUCAGAUCUGCGGUUUCAGUUUUAGAUUCAAUCAGGCCAAGCUUUACGGGUUUUGAUGACUAUAAUUUUAUUCCAUUGUGGUGCCCGGAAGUUGUUCAAGAUCAAAUGUUUCCUACUCUCUUAUGUGACAGAGUUGCCUCAUUUUGAAAGCAGGGACGAUGAAGAAGGUUUUUGGUCAAACUGUUAGAGACCUUAAGAGAGGGGUUAAUAAGAAAGUUCUUAAAGUUCCUGGAAUAGAGCAGAAGGUUCUUGAUGCUACUAGCAAUGAGUCCUGGGGUCCUCAUGGAUCACUCCUGGCAGAUAUUGCGUUGGCAACAAGAAGCUCUUCUGAAUACCAGAUAAUCAUGGCAGUACUGUGGAAACGUAUGAAUGACACCGGAAAGAAUUGGCGUCAUGUAUACAAAGUCAGCAUUGUGUUGAGGGGCUGACUGUUUUGGACUACCUUGUUGCUCAUGGAUCAGAGCGUGUCAUAGAUGACAUAAGAGGACAUACGUAUCUAAUAAUGACUUUGUCCGAUUUUCAGUAUAUUGAUUCCAGUGGAAGAGAACAAGGUAGCAAUGUCCGAAAAAUAUCUCAAAGCCUUUUGGGCCUCGUAAAUGAUAACGAAAGAGUAACUGAAGUAAGACAAAAGGCUUCAGCUAACAGGGACAAUUUUCAAUAUCAUAUGUACACGAGCAUGUGUACUUACAACAUGGCAUUGACAUGCGUUUCAAUGCGAGAAGUACAUGUCUGCAAGAGCAUAUUUGCUUUGAAUGUAACACCCCCAACCCG